GCUAACAUGUUGAAUACCUCCACAUCACAUCGGUGGGCUAGAGUACGAACCUCGACGACGACCAUCAAUACUAGCCCUCGGUUGGGAGCUAGCCUAAUCGUUCCUCAGCUCUAUCUUUCCGACUACUUCACCGCACAAGACAGUUCACAACUUUCAAGGCUAGGAAUUACUCAUGUCAUUUCCGUGUUGGAAUUCGAUGUCCAAAUUCCAGAAUUCAUACACGAAGGAAACAGGAUGCAUAUAAGGAUUGCGGAUAGACCAGAUUCCGAUAUUCUGAUACACCUGGAAAAGACAACGGAGUUUAUUCGUAUGGCCAUUAAGGAGAACAAGGACAAUUGUGUUUUGGUCCAUUGUUUCCAAGGUGUCAGCCGAAGCGCAACGGUUGUAUGCGCCUAUCUUGUUGCAACCGCAGGCAUGCGAGCUAUGCAGUCCAUCGGAUUCGUACAAUCCAAACGCAAGGUUGUCUGUCCCAACAAUGGGUUCAGACAACAAUUGGAGAUGUACAUGUACAGCAACUAUUCGGCUUUCAUGAAUCCGCCGAAAAAGGACGUUGGAUCGGAAGGUAUCACUGCAAGAAUACGAAGUUUGUCGAGCCAUUCUGACAGGGCGAAAACUGAAGACGUUCCGUAA